CAGCACCGACCGCGGGUUCGCCUAGUAUAUACAUGCACUAUGCAACCGGUGUACAAUCGUGCCGCUGAGGCGUUGGAUGAGCUCCGUGGGAAGCGCGGUUCACUGAAGUAUAUCAUAUUCAACAACAAUAAGAGCGACACGCUUACAUUUCGUAAGCGCGUGUAUGCUGUAGCAGUGGAAACACUGAAACGGUGUUUUCAGUGCCCUCCUUGUUUUGCUGCGUUCGGUGGGUGUAUCUUCCAGCCAUUUCACUUUUGACUCGCACAGCCAAUAAAGCUGUUUUGUUGCCAGUAAUUGAAUCUUCUAAUCUCCUGCAGUUGGAACCACAAGUAAGUUAAGGCUGUAGGCAUAGCUACUUAGUUGCUGAGGGCGUACCCUAAUUUGUGUCACAUCUAAGAAAAUAGUUUGUAAUAUUUAUGUGCGUGUGUGUGUCCAGCUAGUACGUAUAUGUAAUAAGUAUACUCAGUUUGCGAUGAGGCACUACAAACUUACACAACGGCUAGUUCGCCAAGGAUUCAGGUAUUCAGCAUUGUGUGUAGCUUUUCGGAAGUUUGCAAAGAAACAUAUACGGGUUUUAGACAAAUGCGGUUGUAGUAUAUGCAAACAUAAUUGAAGAUGGUGUCCGUUCCUCAGUCGCAA